CCUAGGCGUGGUUAGACACGCCCAAAUCAAAAUGGCCGAUAACGGUGUGGUAGAAGAAGACUCAAAAACUAAAAAAAUUGAAGAGAAAGCUGAGACUGAAGAGCAAUUCUGUCAAACUGAAGGAUGUGAUAAACCAGCCGCACUACAGUGCCCCACUUGUAUUAAACUAAGUAUUGCUGGAAGCUUCUUCUGCUCGCAAGAUUGUUUCAAAGGUUUUUGGGGGACACAUAAGCUUGUACACAAGAAGACGAGCUCUUAUAAUCCAUGGCCUUCGUUUAAAUUCACCGGACCACUCAGACCCGCACCUGUUACCCCGACCAGGAGUGUUCCUAGUCAUAUAUCGCGUCCAGAUUAUUCUGAGGACGGGGUACCUCGGUCGGAGAGAUUGGCAAAGAGCAGUGGACAGAUAAAGCAGCUGUCGCCUCGUGAAAUAAAAGCAAUGAGGAAAACUGGACGA